AUGGUUCACCAUAAAGUCACAAUUAUUGGGUCAGGCCCAGCUGCUCACACUGCUGCUAUUUACUUAUCUCGUGCUGAAAUUAAGCCAACAUUAUAUGAAGGGAUGUUAGCUAACGGUACUGCAGCAGGUGGACAAUUAACCACUACUACAGAUGUUGAAAAUUUCCCAGGUUUCCCACAAGGUAUUAACGGUACUACUUUAAUGGAACAAAUGAGAGAACAAUCUGUCAGAUUUGGUACCGACAUUAUCACUGAAACUAUUUCCAAGUGUGAUUUGUCAUCCAGACCAUUCAAGUUAUGGACUGAAUGGAACGAAGACAGUGAACCAAUCACUACCGAUGCCGUUGUUAUUGCUACCGGAGCAUCUGCCAAGAGAAUGCACUUACCAGGUGAAGAAACCUACUGGCAACAAGGUAUUUCCGCAUGUGCUGUUUGUGAUGGUGCAGUUCCUAUUUUCAGAAACAAGCCUUUAGCUGUUGUUGGAGGAGGUGAUUCUGCGUGUGAAGAAGCUUUAUUCUUGACUAAAUACGGGUCUAAGGUGUACUUAUUGGUCAGAAGAGAUCAAUUAAGAGCCUCCAAUAUUAUGCAAAAGAGAGUCCAAAACAACGAUAAGUUGGAAAUCUUAUGGAAUACUGAAGCUAAGGAAGCUAAGGGUGACGGUAAGCUCUUACAGAACUUGUCGAUCUACAACAACAAGACCAAGGAAACCAAAGAUUUACAAGUUAACGGUUUGUUCUACGCUAUCGGUCAUAUUCCAGCUACCCAAAUUUUCGCCGAUCAACUUAAAACCGAUGACCAAAACUACAUCUUGACCACCCCAGGUACUGCCGAAACCUCUAUUCCAGGUGUUUUCGCAGCAGGUGAUGUACAAGAUAAACGUUAUAGACAAGCUAUCACCUCCGCCGGUACCGGUUGUAUGGCUGCAUUAGACUGUGAAAAGUUCUUAUCUGAAGAAGAAGUCAACUAG